UCUCCCAACCCUCACUUUCCUCGCUUGCUUUCAUAACUUCCAACUUCUCCACUUCACUCGACUCACGGAGAGAGAAAGAGAGCCAUGGACGACCCCUUCGUCCAAGACUACGAACCGUCGGAGCUCGAGAUCGCGGCAGAGUUCCUCAUCAAUUGGCUCCCCUUCCUCACCCGCGACCUCUGCGACGGCUGCUCCGCCGCCCUCCGGCGCCGAAUCCAAUCCCUCCACUCAGGGGAUGCGGCGGUCUCCGGCGAUGCCGAGGCCUCCGCCUCCGGCGGCGGGGAGGAUCUCGGCGCUUCGAGCACCCCCGUACCGCCGGAGUCUUCGGAUUUCUCGGAUCGAAUCCGGAUGACAGGGUGGGACUCGGAGCCGCUACCGGAGUCUCCCAAGGUGCGGAUGUCGUGGGCGGACAUGGCGCAGGAGGACGAGCUGGAGGAGGAGGAAGAGGAGGCGAGGAGGAGGAGUUUGGAGGCGGGGGCGCGGGAGGAGGAAGGAGAGGUUGGGCGAGGGAAGGGGGAGGAGGAGGAGGGGAAGAAGAAGCCGGAGUUGUCGAGGGAGCAGAGGGAGCUGAUACGGUUCAGGAACGUGGGGAGGAAGAAGGAUUUCAUAUGCCUGGAAAGGGUGAAGGGGAAGAUUGUUAAUAUUCUCGACGGUCUGGAGCUGCACACUGGAGUUUUUAGCGCCGUGGAGCAGAAGAGGAUUGUGGAUUUCAUCUAUGAACUCCAAGAGAAGGGGAGGAACAAUCACUUGGGAGAGCACACAUAUUCAGAACCACGAAAAUGGAUGCGGGGCAAGGGCCGGGUGAACAUCCAAUUUGGAUGCUGUUAUAAUUAUGCUAUGGAUAAGGAUGGAAAUCUACCGGGCAUCCUUCAGAAUGUCAUUGCAGAUCCAAUACCUCAUCUUUUCAAGGUGAUCAUAAGGAGGCUCAUUCGGUGGCAUGUACUCCCAGCAACAUGCAUACCUGACAGUUGUAUCGUCAAUAUUUAUGAACCAGGAGAUUGUAUACCACCUCAUAUUGACAGCCAUGAUUUUGUUCGACCAUUCUGUACUGUGUCGUUCCUUAGUGAGUGCAAUAUACUCUUUGGAUCCAACUUAAAGGUUGCUGGAGCAGGCGAGUUUACUGGUUCAAUUGCAAUCCCCUUGCCUGUUGGGUCGGUACUUGUCUUGAAUGGUAAUGGAGCGGAUGUUGCAAAGCAUUGUGUGCCAGCAGUCCCAACAAAAAGGAUAUCCAUUACCUUCAGAAAAAUGGAUGAAAACAAGCAACCAGUUGGUUUCAAGCCUGAACCAGAUCUGCAAAACAUCCAGCCACUUCCAUAUGAUUCUGAAGCAAAGAAAUUACCUCAUCAGGACUGGAACAAACAACCUGCAGUAGAGAGUAAAAGCUUCAAGAAAGGGAAGAAAUCCAAAGGAAGGUCAGCUGGGAUGAAGCCUGAACAACAUUUGUAUGAUACCCAGCCUCAUCCUUAUGAUCCUAGCAUGUCAACGAAGAGAUCCCCACUCCGAGAUAUGUACGAGCAGCCUGCAAUGGCUAGUAAUGCAUCAGAGAGAAGAAAAAACUUUGUUGGGAGAUCAACUGAGUCAAAGCCAAAACCGGAUUUGCAAGAUAUGCAAUUACAUCAAGAUGAUGCUGAUGAUCUCACAAACAAGUCAGUGCAACGAGGUCGACAUGAGGAAGAGCAUGAUAACCUGGAGAGUAGCAAGGAUUAUGGUGGGAGGAGAGUGCGAAUGGAGCAGAGGAGGAUCAUUAUAAGCCGCAACAUGGAGGGAGAAGAGGAAACACUACCAUUAGGUGGUCAGACUUCAGAGCCAACCCGUCUUUCUCGGGCUCAUUUGGGAUCCCCGAAUAAUGGACGAAGAAGGGUCAGGGUAAGCUUGUCCAAUGAUCAGUGGUGUUAAGUCACCAGAAUUUUCCUUAUUAGAUUUGGUUUGAAUUGUGAUGACUUGGUUUGUGGUAGUUCCUUUGCACAUUGCUAAGGUUUGACAUUAGCUCAUAUGUUCGACAUGAAUAUUCCCCAUCAUUGAUGUAAUUUAUGUUAUGUCAAAAUGUGUUAUUUUAUACAUUAAAAAAAUGCUUUACUGUAAAUCACAAAGCUUUAGCUUGCUCAUUUGCCAA